AUGUCAGAAAAGGAGUUGCUAUCAGUCGGUAAUGGACAGUCAACAACGGCUCAGCCAGAGCAGUGUGGUGUCACAGCGCCCACUGCAGGCGCCCACAGUGUACUGGAGGAUGGACUGAGCCUCACUCCACUGGACUCCAACAGUUACUGGCUGGCUCAGCCAUUCCCACGCUCACCAAAACUACAAAGGAACAAAGGCAAAGCUGUAAAGCCUUCCCAGGAGCAGCUGUCCAGACAUUUGGAGGAGCUACAGGCAGAGAGAUCCAAGACUGAACACCACAUCAAAUCUCUGAAAAAACGCAACAAAGAUCUCUCUAGGAGCACAGAGACGAUGAAGCAGCAGGUCCGUGAGCACUUUGAGAAACUUCUGGCUGUCCUGAAGCAGGAUGAGCAGGCCGUACUGGACUCUCUGGAGCUGGACCUGAGACAGACUAGAAGUAAACUGGACCAGGUUCUGAAGGCCUGGAAGCAGCACGAGGACCAGGUGACCAGGAUCAUGGACAGCACCCAGAGAGCACUGAGCAAGAGUUCUGAUGCAGAGGAAGAUGAGGAGGGUCAGUCUGAGAAUCUGAGUCCUAAGAAGCCAGAUGCCUCUGAAAAUGAAAUCCGACUCAAUGACGAGAGAUUCUUGAGGCUUCGUAAAACUUUAUACUCCAUUUCCAAAAACCUGAAAGCCCAGCUACAGAGGAAGACUCUGCUGCUAGAUUCCUGCCCUGUGGUGAUUGACAGACAGACGUGCCAUAGCCAGAUCUCAGUGGACUCAGAGGGGCGGGCCAUGUCCUUGUCAGACUCUGGCCACUCGGCUCCGGAGCAUCCUCUCCAGUUUGAUAAAGUGUGCUGUGCUCUGGGUUCGUCUCCUGUCACAGUGGGUCAGAAUUACUGGGAGGUCGACGUACGCUGCAGCCCCGCCUGGGCUGUGGGCGUGGCCUACACAAGCCUGCAGAGGAAGGGCAAAGACAAGGGGACCAAACUGGGCCGGAACAGGAACUCGUGGUGUGUGGAGCUCCGGAACCGCAGCCUGUCUGCCUGGCACAACGACCGGCAUGUGGCGUGUCAGGGGGUCGGGCAGACCCAGAUCGGAAAGGUGGGUGUGUGGGUCAAUUAUGGCAAGGGUCAGCUGAUAUUUUACGAUGCAGACACCAUGGUUGUCCUGCAGAGGUUCACCGCAGCCAUGACGCCGGUGUUCGACAGGGCUUAUCACCAGUUCACCGAGCCUCUGUACCCCGCUGUACGCUUCCUGAGACCACCACAGAACCAGAUGGGGCCAAACCACCUGGACAUCUGUCCCCUCAACAACCUGUGA